UAAUAUUUCCAGUAAGACAUGCUUUCACAAAAGGGUUGUGUUGAACGUGAUUGCACAAGUGCAUUGUGCAUUGUGCCAUUAUCUAAUAUCAAACAAAGUCAGCGUUGAAUCCAGUGUACCAGCCCAUACAUAGUCUUCGCUCAAGAAAGCUGCCAACUCAUCAAUUUACCCAUGAUCACAUCACAGCCGCUCGGAACCUGACACCAAAUGAUACUUCAACCGAAAUGAUUAUUCACUAGUCAGAAUGAAAGUUUAUCAGCUCUCAUACGUCUUAUCAAGUCUUGAUAAUGAUUGCAUUUAAAAAGCAUAUACUUGCAUUUGCCACAGUGAUUUGGUUUUACCUUUGGGCUCAGUUUGAAGCUGCUCCAGAUUUCUCAGGCUACCUUCUGAAGAUUCUGCAAAACCACACAGUGCAUGCUUGUGACGGGGCUCAGUUCUCGAUAAGCUGCCCACCUCAGACAACCAUCAGUGUUCUGUCUGCCUUCUAUGGUCGCCGGGUUCCCAGCGAACAUCUAUGCUGGAGCACAGGAAAUACGUCAGCUGAAAGUACCAACUGUGCUGCCCUCACGGCCACACCCAAAGUUUAUGAUGAGUGUCAAGAACUGCCUUCCUGCCAGUUUUUAGUCAACAGUCGUGUUUUUGGCCCUGAUCCUUGUCCUGGGACCAGUAAAUACCUAAUUGUUUCAUUCAAAUGCAAACCUGAUGGACACCAAAACAAAGUAGUAUGUGAGAAUGAGAAAUUGCAUCUGCAAUGUACGAACCAAACCAUCCUUGUCAUUUACACUGCAAGUUUUGGACGAGCCCUUCAUGGGAACAUGGAGUGCCCCCCAGUGAACAGGACAAUGCCAGAUAUUGAAUGCUUAUCCCCCACAACACUGAGGCAAGUGUCCUCAAGGUGCCAUGGCAAACAGAACUGUUCAAUCACUGCUGAUGCAGUGAGCUUUGGUGACCCCUGCAUCCCUGGAAUCCGUAAACAACUCAAUGUCUCAUACACGUGUGUUCCGAUGAAACUCUUUGACGAGGCUGGUCAAGGUCCAGUAAAGCCCUUCUUGAUAUCAGAUUACACUCAUGGUGGUUGGUAUAAUGGCCCAAGAAUGUCCAUGCUAUACGCCAAAGAUGUCGCUAUUAUUAGCAGUUUCCUGGCUACUCUUGCUCACAUUAGGGGACUCCCGGAGAAAGUAGCCCUGUUCUUCAUGUCUGGUGUGUGUUCUGGUUUAGUGUUUAUCCUCUGCACUUUUGGUUUUCACAUGCUGCUGAGACAUGACAUCAGGAAGCUUCAAAGUGAGGCAGAAGACAACCAAGAAUGUGAAAAUGGCCACACCAGGAUUUCAGACGAUGACGAUGCCUCUUCCAAUACCUCAUUUCGACAAUUAACCAGACAGUACUGGACGUCAGAUAAUAUCUUCAGCCCAGAGGUGGCAGCAGUGAUGGUAGACAGAGUUGAACAAAAUGAGGAAAAAGACAAGGAAAUGUGGUUGAACAAGGAGCCCAGCCCCUAUGCGAUCCAGAACCUAAAUCAGCAUCAGUAAUAAAGGGUCAGAAUAGCAAGUAUUAACAGAGCAGUGUGGAGUGAAAAACAAAGAAGAGAUUAUUGACUACAGCAGGAAGAAGACAGAGGGCAACGAGCCAGUCCUCAUGAUCAUUAGGAAGGCACAACAGUGCACCUACUUCCUUAGAAAGUUUGCGUAGAUCCAGCAUGUCCUCUGAGACUUUUAUAGAUGCACAGUGGAGAGAAUCUUGGCUGGUGUUAUCAUGGCCUGGUAUGGAGACACCAAUGCCCAGGAACAGAAAAGUCUAUAAAAAGUCUACAGCUAGUCUAUCACGGGAAAGCCCUUCCCAUCAUUUACAAGGAGUGCUUCUACAAGAAAGUACAUUCCAUCAUCAAGGACCCCCAUCAUCUAGGCUAUGCUCUCUUAUCUCUACUACUAUUGGGCAGGAGGUACAGGAGCCUUAGAUCAGUUUCAGAAGCAGUCAUAACCCUUCAACCAUUAGGCUCCUGAACCAGCAUGAAUAACUUCACUCACCUCAACUCUGAACUGACUCCACAACCUAUACACUCACUUUAAAGGACUUUACAACUCAGUAUUAUUUAUUUACUUGUUUUAAUUAUAUCCACAAUGUGUGUAUUGGUUGUUUGUCAGAUCUUGUUAUUUAUAGUUUUUCAUAAAUUCUAUUGUAUUUCUUUAUUUUCUUGGAAAUGCUUGCAAGAAAAUGAAACUCAAGGUAGUAUAUGGUGACUUGUAUGUACUUUGACAUUAAAUUUUACUUUGAAUUUGAUAAGUAAAGCUUAAGUGAAAAAGGAAUGGACUGAGUGAUAAUGGUACAUGGAUGAUAUAACAAGAAAUCCUGUUACCUGUAAAUUUGGAUUGAAUGUAUUGGGAAAAGAAGCAAAAGAAAUCACACCAGGACUUUUACAAUGGAGGCAACGGCCAACCAGUCUGCUGUGCUUUACAGCCACAUUAUUCCUACCUAAUUCCCUAAUCACUAAUUCUCAACGUUUUUUAUACCUGGACCAGAACCGCCAACAGAGAUUGAAGAUAUUCUUGGCCAGUUCCGUGUUCAUAUGACCAACUCCAACCUAUCUCUGACUGGCAUGUCCUUUAUCAUCUUGCCUGAUAUUUUCAUAAGUGUAGAAGGAAAAUGGAGAAACAGCCCUGCUUUAUACUGAGUUGUUUACAGUGGUUUUCUGUUGGUUAAUCUUUUAUUUCUGGUCACACUAGAACAACUCUGAGAGGUAGGAAAAUCAUUUGCUAUGUUUGUUGUAAUUAUAUUUUAUAAUAAUUUAUCCCCAAAUCACUCAUUAGUUUCCCGUUAGAGAAUUCGAAAAAGAAAUAUACCACCUGCAAUGAUUCAAUUCAGCUUUAAUAGCGUUUGCAACAGAUUCCAAUCCUUGCAACAUCUAGAAUGUAUAUAUGCCAGGAGCCAUUAAUAUGGAAAGUUGUACUUGGCUGAAGUCACUUUCACCAAAAUAAAUUUUGGAGUAUAGCAUUGGAAUAAGGCAGAAUGAGGUGCUUUUGAUAUUAUGUGAAUGAAAUUACUGGCAUCAUAAUGCUAACAGGAAUUAUUUUAAGCAUAGUCUGAAUAAUUGGUAUUGGAUAUUAACCCAUAAAUGGUGAUCAUAUCCUUUUGGAAAAAUUCCCUUCUUUUACUUGGAGGGUAAACCUGGUAAAGGCAAACAAAUGCUUGAUUUAGUUAAAUGUGCCAAUAACCUUUCAAUGAUAGGAUAUAGAUACGUAAUAAAGUGAUUAUACUUACCCUAUGACUAUUGUGGAUGUAGCGUUUUACUGAUUUUGAUUAAGAUUUAUUUGACCUUUAAAAUCAGCCUCUGUUUAAAGUGACACACAAUGAAAUCUGGUGCAGAACGACAUAGGAAUCUGAAGAUCUUUAUGACUAAUGAAUUUGUUUUAACGCAUGGCAUCUGCAUGGUACAUUUAGCAUUUAAAACUUGCUUCUUCAUUCUAGCGUUCAAGUAUCUGUUACUUGCUUUGAAAGUUGUGGCAUACAUUCAUCAAUGAAUGAUGCAAAGUGCAUUAAUUUUAAAUCUUCAGCCUAAAGUCUUAUGCCACUCUUUGGUAAUAUGCUCUGUUAUUUAUACUCAUGAAAAAGACUUUCAAUAUAUCUUCGCAAAC